CUCCAGCUCCUUAACCGUCCUGAUAUGCGUGCGUGCAGGUCACCCUGGGCAACCGAGAGAAGCGUCUGUCCGAGGCUAGCAACAACGGAAGGCAUACCGAGGGCUAGAGAUGGAGGACGGCAGGCAGUCUCCCUCGCUGCACCUGGACCUCAGUAACUUCCAGGAGUGUGCGGGCAGCCGCUAUGUACUGACCAGCCCCCGGUCCCUGGAAGCCUGUGCCAGGCUGGGGGUGAGGCCCGUGGACCUGCUGCACAAGUCCUAUGCUGAGGUGAGGGAGGAGAACAAGGGGGCUGGGGGCCUGGAGGUCAGUGACCUUUAUGAGGCUCAGGAGAGACAGCGCCUCAGGAAACUGAGGUUGUGCCGAGAGCUGAGGCACCAAAUGCUGGAGAAUGACUAUAAAAUGCCACGGUCUACCCUGUCUGAUCCCCAGAGAGGCCGCCCUCUGCCCACCACCAACGCCUCACUCCGAUGGGCCCCUCAGAACUCCACAGGCAAGAGCCACCGAAGCGGAGGUGAGACCCUGAGGAAAAGCCUGAGUCAUGGUGACCUUCUUCGCCCAGAGGUGGAGGUCAACCGGCUGGCCAGGAAGGUGGAGAGGGACCUCGGGUUGUCUGUUCCUGACAAAGAUAAGAAAAUCGCAGCCCUGAUGUUACUGAAACACCAGGAGGAAGAGAUGUCCAAGCAGAGGAUGCUGCAAGCUGAGCAGGCCUGGGAAGAGCUUCGGAGCAAGGAACGGGCCCUCAGGGCGGCCAUGGGCAAGAGCAGUUCCAUGGACAAGCUGCAGAAUCGCAGGAGAAAACCUGUGAGCUCCAAACAAAACUCAGUCCAUCACAUGCCCAUCCAGAAGAGCAAGAGGUGGAACGCGUUGGGCCAGGAACAAAAGACAGUGCCCAAUGGAGGUUUAGUGAAAGCCAGAUGUGAUAUAGAUAGCAAGGACCGAUUCCAAGAAGCGAUGGACAUAAACACCGGAGAAACUAGUAGCUAUCCUCUGGAAGAACGGAUGAUGCAGGCCAUCACGGCCAAGAUGGUCAAAGACUUCCAGAAUAAGAAGAACAUCCAAGUAAAAAAUGAGUAUGAGAAGCUAAGACAUUCCAGGUUGAAGGAAGAGGUGGACAGCCAGGUGAGAGCGGAGGAGCGUUCCAAGAGGAUGACCAUCCAGCAGAAGGAGCAGAGGUUCCAAGAGCUCUAUGAGCAGAUUGUGGAGGAAAGGAGCAAGGAGUUACAAGAGAGAGCAACAAGGGAAGAGGAGCUGACACUCAUGGCCAAGAUCAGGGCCGAGCAGCAGGAGAAAGAGCAGAUGAAGCACAAGAAGGUGCUGCUUCAGCUCACUGACCAAAAGAUGAAACAGGCAAAAGAUUCUUUAGGGAAAAGUAUACAGAGCAAGGCCGAAAAGACCAAAGAGCUGAACUUCAUCAAGGACAGGGCGCACCGCCUCUUAAUGCAAAAAAUCCAGCAAGAGGAAGACAGCCACAGGAGAGAGGUCGCCCACCUUAUCCGGAUUAAAGACCGAAAAAGUGACCAGCUCCUCAAGGAGAAAGAAGCCACCAUUGAGCAAGGGAGGAGGGUAGCCCAGGCUUCUUUUCAUAUUCGGGAUAAGAUUAGAGAACAGACCAAAAGCAGAACUUUUGACCAAAUGGCUCUGCAGGCGCAAUUAAAUGCAAGUCUUAUGAAAUCUCUCCCUUAACGGUGUUGCUGUUGCUAUCCCUGUGCGAAGCACACUGCUGCUGGCUGUAGAGGAAACCGUUAUCACCUGCAGGAUAUAGAUUCAUUAAAGCCUAAAAGCAUUUAACAGAUGUGACGCUAGUUUUAUAUAGUGUAUUGCAAAGCGACGUUCAGCUGCUUACCCUUAUUUUAAUCACUGCAAAUUGCUUUACAACAUACAAUAUAUCUAUAUUUGUUAUAUAUAUUUUGAAUAUGUUGUAUUCAUAUAGAGAUAAUGAGUGUUACGUACUUCUAUAUACUGGCCUUGAAGAUUCUGGUAGUCAAGGUUACUGAAAGUGUUUUCUUGAGAUACAUCCUAUAGAUCUGUGUAAUAAGAGCAGCUCCUAGAGGCUCCGUGUCAUCAGCGUUGGCAAUACAUUGUUUUUAUGUUCAGGCAGAGCUUUAGGGGUUGUCCAGUAAUAGAUGGCCCAUUGCACAAAAAUACCCAAAGGACUGUUCUGUUGUUGGGGUAAACGCCCCUACAUGGUGCAGCGGCUUAUUCACUUUCUAUAAAGUAUCUGUGUGUAGUCCUGACGGACAUCAUGUUUUUAAGGGUGUGUGAAGGACUGCAGCAUGUCCGAUUGGCCCUUUAGAAGGUGCUUAGUACCGGGUCUGGGACUCCAGGUCGACAACAAAAAGGUCGACACACCUUAGGUCGACGCCAAUUGGUCGACACACCUUAGGUCGGUAUGGACAAAAGGUCGACAUGGAGAAAAGGUCGACAGGAACAAGGUCGACAUGUAAAAAGGUCGACAUGAGUUUUUUAUGUUUUUUUUGGUGUCGUUUUCUUCGUAGAGUGACCGGGAACCCGAAUUAGUGCACCGCGUCCCCUCGCAUGGCUCGCUUUGCUCGCCAUGCUUCGGGCAUGGUGCCUUCGCUCCGCUCCGCUCGGCACACUUUACCGUUCCAAUCGUAGUCCACGUGGAUCGUUAAGUAUGAAAAAGUUCCAAAAAAGAAAAAAAUUGUGAAAAACUCAUGUCGACCUUUUUCCAUGUCGACCUUGUUCCUGUCGACCUUUUGUCCAUGUCGACCUAUUGUCCAUGUCGACCUAAGGUGUCAACCAAUUGGCGUCGACCUAAGGUGUGUCGACCUUUUUGUUGUCGACCUGGAGUCCGGAUACCCUUAGUACCUUAUUCAGGUGUGUUGGCAUACCAAAAAAGCACACGAAUGGGCAAAAUCAUGUCCCUCACUCAGACCGGAUCGCUCGCUAGGGGAUUUUGCAGUCCUGCGUUCGCAUAGUUGCUGCCUACAGGGGAGUGUUAUUUUGCUUUGCAAGCGUGCAAACGCAUGUGCAGCCGAGCUGUACGAAAACUGGACGUCAGGAACCCGCCCUGCAAACGCUUGGUCACGCCUGCAUUUUCCCAACCACUCCCAGAAAACGGUCAUUUGCCACCCACAAGCACCUUCUUCCUGUCACCUUGCGAUCGCCCGUGCGAAUGGAUUCUUUGUACAGACCCAUCGCUGAGCGGCGAUCCGCUUUGUACCCGUGCGAUGCGCCUGCACAUUGCGGUGCAUACGCAUGCACAGUUCUGACCUGAUCGCAGGACUGCAAAAAACGCUAGCGAGCGAUCAGGUCUGAAUCACCCCCCCAUGUGCACUGCAGGUGGGGCAGAUGUAACACGUGCAGAGAGAGUUAGAUUUGGGUGGGGUGUGCUCAAACUGAAAUCUAAAUUGCAGUGUAAAAAUAAAGCAGCCAGUAUUUACCCUCACAGAAACAAUAUAACCCACCCAAAUCUAAAGGGCCCUACACACUCGGUGAUGCGCCGCCGAGGUGCCCGACGGCCGGUACGUGACGGAGUUUCUUCACUCCCCCCGUCACCCGGCUGCAUUGAAGUGCAGGCAAAUAUGGACGAGAUCGUCCAUAUUGGCCAGCAUGCACAGCCGACGGGAGAUCAGCGAUGAACGAGCGCGGGCUCGUUCAUUAAUGAACGAGAUCGUUCAUAUCUUUCAGAAUAUCGGCAUGUGUGUAGGGCCUAUAACUCUCUCUGCACAUGUUACAUCUGCCCCACUUGCAGCGCACAUGGUUUUGCCCAUUAGAGUGCUUUUUUUGGUUUGCUAAGAAGCCUGAAUAACCCCCUUAGAACCCUUCUUCUUUACUUGGUCUUAUAAGCACGCACUUCUCACAUACUAGUAUUCUACGUACAGUAGUAUUUGGAUGAGAAAACAGAGCAGUAUUUUCACAAAUGUUCUUUACAUAGCCAAAGAGUGUGUGUGGUAAUGCGGUACAGUAACAGUAAUCCUGUAAGGCGGAUUGUGUAGUAUGUACAUGCACACAAUAUAUCGCUACAUCGUAUCGCAAGAUUGCUGGGUCAUUCAACUGUGUACCCGGCUUACAGAGAUACACUGGGAACUGCACACACAGUGAUGCCAAAUGUAGACAGUCCUCAAUGUCACGUAAUCUGUAACGCACGGAAUAGAUGAGACACGUUGGAUGAAGAGCCGUAUUUCCGUGCACACGAUUUAGGCGCACGUGCGGCCGUCUUGCGAUCCCCUCUGAAUCAGGCGCUGCGGCUGAGUUUUACCUUUGCAGUAAUAUCCCCACCCCAUGCCAUUCUGUAUCACUGUCCGUACAAUUCUGUAAAAGUGAUAAGUUAUUUCAUCGGAGGAAGGUGAAUGUGUCACACGUUAUUCUCAUUCUGGGCAACACAACAUCAGUAUUAGGUGCAGUAUUGCUAAAUUUAUGUAUUAAUAUUACUACAUUACUCCGCAGUAGGUGAUUUGCUAUAAUACCAGUGUCUAGAAAUCUAUUUUUGUAAGUUUGAUACGGAACAAAAUAAAUGUAAUUUACACAGUUGAA